GAUGGAUGAGGGCAACGUGAGGUUUGCAGAAACGGAUGCACAGUCUCCUUCCAACGCUGAACCUGAUGUGUCGUACGUGGAACUUAAUCACAGGACCAUCUCUGUUCCCCGGCUCCGGACAGGUGGAGACCGUCUGAUCUCCACCUAUGCAGAACUGAACUUUUCGAAAGCCGAACCCCUCAUUGCUGAGUUUGAGGAUCACCGCAACGUCUCGCAUCCUGGCGAGCAGACAAUCACUGCACAGACAGCUGCGCAAGAACGGAAGUCGAAAGUGAAGAUCGGAAAUAGACCGUACUGUCUAAUCUGCCGACUCUGCCUAGUUACAGCCGCCCUCAUCGUGAUUGUGGUCGGACUGUCGAUCCAUGUAUCGCAGAUUCGUCAGUCUAAGGUCACCACGGAUCGAAACUACCAUGAUUUAAACUCAACCCUCCAAUCCAAGCUUUCUGCGCUCAACGCUAAUCUGUCCGUUAUUGAACGAAUGCAGAGCGAUCUCCAUCACCACUUCACUGAGAUGGAAACGAAGUACAGAUCUGUCAACGAAACCAAGGCUCAAAUCUGUGAAUUUUUGACAAGCAGAAGAGAGCAAACAUGUUCCAAGGAUUGGAUCAGAAAUGAAGACCUGUGUUAUUUCAUUUCCUCGUUUGAAAGUUCUUACCAGGGGGCGAAGCAACUCUGUUCUAUCGCUGAUUCAAAACUUCUUCAAAUAAUUUCAGAGGAGAAAGAGGAAAACGGUCUCUAACGUCGUGUACAAGGUGAACUCUGGAAAGUUCGAAUGCAAUGAAUGUAAAUCCGGUUGGCUUGGCAGUUGCAAAAAUGGUCAGCACCGUUUCAUUUGUGAGAAGCCCGCACCUUUGCGUCCGGAUAUUCCUGAAAAGAUCCGGGAUCUUUGUCAAAAGUCCGUGUAGCCGACGUAAGUGAAGUGACAUUAUUCUCUAACCACAAUUCCUGCUCUCUCACCGACUCUGACAACCGAAUCAGUUCUGCCCCUUGCCCCUACCCUAUACUCCUUUCUCUACCUAUGGCAUUCUUUUUCGCUAUCUUGCUCUGUCUUUACACUCCUACUUCUAAUCUCUCUCUCAUAACUUCUUCCCAUCCAUCUUCCAAUAUUUCAUCCCCAUUUUCCUUCCCGUCACUUUCCUGCCUCCCGCUCCCAGCAUCAAAGGACUGCAUCGCAUAUCCGUAACUUAUCCGCCCUGAGCUUUGUAUCUUUGUAUGAUCAAUACGUGAGAAGUAUGUAAAAUUAA